AUGGCAAUGCUCCUGGAGCCCGGGAUGCAGAGCCUGCGCCUGGGUGCCAAUGGUGAGCGCUGCCCCACACCGUCCCCCCCCGGCUCCCCGGGGACACCCCGCGAUAGCUGCAGCAUCGCCCCAUUGACGCCCUCCCAGUCACCGAGGAGCGAGGCUCGCUCCCAGCAAACCGCCUCCUUCGCCGUGGUGGUGGCCAUUGACUUUGGGACCACAUCCAGCGGAUAUGCCUUCAGCUUCUCCAGCGACCCCGAGGCCAUCCACAUGAUGAGGAAAUGGGAAGGAGGGGACCCGGGGGUGGCCAACCAGAAGACCCCGACCAGCCUCCUGCUGACACCGGAGGGCGUCUUCCAUAGCUUCGGCUACACGGCCAGGGACUAUUACCAUGACCUGGACCCCGAGGAGGCCCGCGACUGGCUCUACUUUGAGAAGUUCAAGAUGAAGAUUCACAGCACCAGUGACCUCACCAUGAAAACGGAGCUGGAAGCCGUCAAUGGGAAGAAGAUGCAGGCGCUGGAGGUGUUUGCCCAUGCGCUCCGCUUCUUCAAGCAGCACGCUGUGCAGGAGCUGAAGGACCAGUGCCCGUCGCUGCCGGAGCGAGAUGCCAUCCGCUGGGUCAUCACCGUGCCGGCCAUCUGGAAGCAGCCGGCCAAGCAGUUCAUGCGGGAGGCUGCCUACAGGGCCGGGCUGGUGUCCCCAGAGAGCCCGGAGCAGCUCCUUAUCGCGCUGGAGCCCGAGGCUGCCUCCAUCUACUGCAGGAAGCUCCGGCUCCAUCAGCUGAUCGACCUGAGCUGCAAACCCGCGGCCAACGGGGUGGCGCCGGAGCAGCCCAUCGACUCCAGCUUCCGGCAGGCCCGGGAGCAGCUCCGGAGAUCCCGCCACAGCCGCACGUUCCUGGUGGAAUCGGGAAUGGGGGAGCUCUGGUCGGAAAUGCAGGCAGGUGACAGGUACAUCGUGGCUGACUGCGGCGGUGGCACCGUGGACCUCACCGUGCACCAGAUCGAGAAGCCACAAGGGACACUGAAGGAGCUGUACAAAGCAUCAGGGGGUCCCUAUGGGGCCGUGGGGGUGGACCUGGCCUUCGAGCAGCUGCUGUGCCACAUCUUCGGGGCGGAUUUCAUCUCCACGUUCAAGGCCAAGCGUCCCGCCGCAUGGGUGGACCUGACCAUCGCCUUCGAGGCGCGGAAGCGAGCGGCCGCCCCGUCCCGCGCCAGCGCCCUCAACAUCUCCCUGCCCUUCUCCUUCAUCGACUUCUACCGCAAGCACCGCGGCCAGAACGUGGAGACGGCGCUCAAGAGGAGCAAUGUCAACUUUGUGAAGUGGUCAUCCCAAGGGAUGCUGCGGAUGUCCCCGGAGGCCAUGAGUGAGCUCUUCCAGCCCACCAUCAGCCAGAUCAUCAAACACAUCGACGAGCUCCUCAAGAAGCCGGAGGUCCAAGGCAUCAAGUUCCUGUUCCUGGUGGGGGGCUUCGCGGAGUCGCCCAUGCUGCAGCGCGCGGUGCAGGCGGCCUUCGGCGCCGCGUGCCGCGUGCUGGUGCCGCAGGACGUGGGGCUGACCAUCCUCAAGGGCGCCGUGCUCUUCGGCCUCGACCCCACCAUCGUGCGCGUGCGCCGCUCGCCCCUCUCCUACGGCGUCGGGGUGCUCAACAAGUUCGUGGAGGGGAAGCACCCGCGGGAGAAGCUGCUGGUGAAGGGCGGCCGGGCCUGGUGCACCGACGUCUUCGAGCGCUUCGUGGCCGUGGACCAGUCGGUGGCGCUGGGGGAGGUGGUUCAGCGCAGCUACUGCCCGGCGCGGCCGGGCCAGCGCAGGACCAUCAUCAACAUCUACUGCAGCGCCACCGACGACGUGCUCUACAUCACCGACCCCGGCGUCCGCAAGUGCGGCACCGUCAGCCUGGAGCUGGACGAGCUGGGGGGGCCCGCGGGCGCGCGCAGGGAGAUCCGCGCCAGCAUGCAGUUCGGGGACACCGAGAUCAAGGUGACCGCCAUGGACAUCAGCACCUCCAAAACGGUGCGAGCCACCAUCGACUUCCUCUCCAACUGAGCCCCGCUGCGACGGAGCCCCAGCGCGACCCGCGCUGGGACACUUAUGGGUGCUCUGGGACACACAUGGGUGCUCUGGGACACCCCAUUGGUGCUUUGAGACACCCCGUUAGUGCUCUGGGACACCCAUUAGUGCUCUGGGACACCCAUUCGUAUUCUGGGACACCCACGGAUGCUUUGGGACACCCAUUAGUUCUUUGGGACACCCACUGCUGUUUUGGGACACUCAUUAGUUCUUUGGGACACCUACAGGUGCUUUGGGACACCCAUUGGUGUUUUGGGAUCCUAUGGGUGCUUUGGGAUGUUCAUUAGUGCUUUGAGACACCCAUUUAUGCUUCGGGAACCCCACAGGUGCUUUGAGACACCCAUUUGUGUUUUGGACCCCCAUGGGUACUUUGGGCCACCCCAUUAGUGCUCUGGGACACCCAUUGGGUCCUUUGGGCCACCCAUUGGUGCAAGGAACCAGGUAGACACUGAGCGGCCAUGGACCCCUCUUGUAGAUCCUCUACUCAUGGGACACCCCAAAGAUGCUCCUCCCAUAGGAAUGGGUUGGGGGUCUGCCUGACAGGAAAGGGGCUGAGGGCUCAGAUUGCCCCCCAAGUGUGAGUUGUGGCCACCAAAGCACCCCUGAGACCCCAGCACCACGUUCUGUACCCAUCUCUAUCUUACAUAGAUCUAUUCUGCCAUCCCCUGAGGGCAGCCCGGUGAGGACAAGGACAGGGACACAGGACAAGGGGGACAAUGCCACAAGGAGGGGCCCACACCCCCUUUGAACUGGACUUUGCAGCACGAAGCCCCUCACCCCAUCCAGCACCACUUGGAAUCAUCCCCAUCCCCACACAGGGACAGGCUCAUGCAGCCCCUCGUACCCUUGGGGGGGACCUCGGGGUGUCCCUUGUCCCCUCAGUGUCCUCCACGGGGUUUAAUGGGGUUGCAGCACCAGCCCCAGCGCUCCUUUGGGGGUUCAAUGGGGGUGAACGGGGCUCCAGCCCCCCCCAGCUGCAAUUUAUUCUUUACCUCUAUAGGUUUGUACUUAACCCCCACACAUACAUGUAUAUAUAUAUCUAUAUAUUUAUAUCUAUAUAUAUAGGCA